UAAAAGUUAAGUAUUAAAAUUCAAAGAACUAUGCUAAGUUCCUUGUUAGUUUUAUUAGCCGUAUCAGUGUCUUUAAUAUUUUACCUUUUAAAACCCGACAAAAAAUUUGAGUGUCUUAAGCCUUAUACAGCCACUCCAGCCUAUGUGCCCUUAUUGGGGCACUCAUAUACCUUAAUAACUAACAAUAUCUUCAAAGCUAUCGAAAUUAUCACAUCGAAAAACAAACCUUGCGUUAUGUGGGAAGGACCAAAGCCACUUUACGCUACAAAUGAUGCGGAGGAAUUAAAAAUUAUAUUAAAUCAUCCAAACGCUUUAAAUAAACUGACGAAAUUUCGAUUUUUGGAAGAAGUAUUUCAAGGGUCGAUUAUCGGAAUUGAAGCUUCUAUAUGGAGAAAAAACCGCAAAAAACUUUCAAAAGCGUUCCAUCAAAACAUCCUCGACAGUUUCGUGUACAUUUUUUACGAACGGAGCUUAAUUCUUGUCGACAUUUUGAAAAAUGUUACAUCGACCACUGAUUUUUACGAUUUGUUUCAAAAAUUCACCAUGGACAGCUUUUUGGUUGCCAAUACCGGGGUGGACAAGCAAGUUCAAAGGGAAAACUAUAUUGAAAUUGUGGAUUAUCUUUUAAGGGGUCAGGCUAUUGCCAUAGAUAGGUUCUUCAAACCGCACUUUUGGAAUGACACGGUGUUUAAAUAUUUCGGCAGAUCUUCCGAGUUAACAAAGUGCGUGAAAGAAACAACGGAUUAUUUAAGCGAAGUAUUAAACCAAAGACAACAUCUUAAAGACAACGGCGAUUUUAACGAAACCCGGAUGAAACCCAUAAUGGAUUUACUGCUUGAAAUGAACGAAUUGGAAGAUAUUGACAAAAGUUAUGUUAUUAACGAAGUCAGGACGUUUUUUUACGCGGCCACUGAUACUUCAGCUCAUACUGUAGCUUUUACGUGUACUUUACUGGGAAUGCAUCCAGAAAUACAGGAGAAAGUAUACGAAGAAGUUAUAAAUGUUGUCGGUAAAGAUAGCCCUAUAACCAGCAAGGACUUACCAAACCUCAAGUACACUGAAAUGGUCGUUAAUGAAUCCUUAAGGCUGUUUCCAGUGGUACCAUUCGUGGGAAGGUUUACCACAGGAGAAAUUGACAUUGGAAGGCUAGUUCUGCCAAAAGGCAUAGAGAUAGGCGUGUUAAUUUUUCAGCUACACAGAAACGAAAAAUAUUUCCCUGAUCCUUCAAAAUUUGAUCCGGACAGGUUUUUGCCCGAAGAAGUGGCGAAACGUCAUCCUUACAGCUUUUUGCCGUUCUCCGGGGGGCCCAGAAACUGCAUAGGUUGGAAGUAUGCGAUGAUGAUGCUGAAAACUUCUAUGGCGACUAUAGUUAGAAAUUAUAAAAUGCAUUCGAAUUAUAAAUCCACUGAGGAGAUGGAACUGGAAUCCCAUAUUAUUUUGAGGACCUCUCAUAAUUUAGAUUUAACAUUCACACCGAGAUAUUGAAAAUUGUACAAAAUAAGUUUUUUUUUUUAAUGUUUAUUAUAAUUUGUUUAAGGUUUUUAGAUAAUUUUAAUGUCAACUUUGUUUUUUUAAACAUCUAUUGACAAAUUUAAUUCAUUAAAUUGUCUUAAACUGCAGAAGAACAAAGAAUACGAGGAAGACUAAAAUACAUGGAACCCAAAACAAAUAAAUUUGAAGAACUCAGUUUUAACAAUUGUCUUAAAAAAUAAAAUAAA